AUCAUUUCGUUAAACACAAUCAAUUCCUAAACUCGGAGUCAAUCCAAGUUAUCUUCACAAUUUAUUUUGUCGUUGUUUGUUUAUUUUUCCAUCUUUAACCGGGUAAAUGUCAAUAACUGUAUUUUCGACCUGGAACUGUUUUCAGUUCUGUCUCACCAGAGCCUUACAGUAGUCUCACUCCUUCUCCAUCACAAUAGAUAUUAUUACUGAUCAUCGGGAUUACGAGGACGCCUGAACGCAGCACCGUUGUGUUCAGUGCGCGGCUUAAACACUCUGUUAUCUAAGAUAAUGAAGCUAACGAAGCUAAUGGCGCUAAUGUAGCUGAUGGAGCUGUUAUAAUCCUCCGCAGAUCAAACUGUAACAGGGUUAUUUAGCGGACUGUUUGGACGUUUCCAGGCAACGACAUUAAAACGUACAUUUAAAGCUACUCUGCUGACGUUCACUGCCUACAUGCUACACAGAUUAGCUGCUAUGUUAGCAUGUUCACGACAGCAUCGGUAAACAUGAAGAUUUUUUAAAGGAAUAAAUAUUUAGUGUUUCAUCAGAGAUCAUCAACAUGACCUCCGCUUCCACUAAAGUUGGAGAGAUCUUCUCAGCAGCUGGCGCUGCCUUCACUAAACUCGGAGAGCUCACCAUGCAGCUCCACCCUGUGGCAGAUUCCAGUCCUGCAGGUGGUCAGACAAAGAGCGCAGUGAAGAGGAAGCUGUAUGAAGACGGAGCUCCGCCCCCUGAAGGACCAAAGAAGUCUGUGAAAAAAACUGCUGUAACGCCGGGUCCUCCGACCAUCAUCUCCGUCCCCACGGCCAAGGUGGUGGUGACGCCCGGUCUUCAGAGUCCCCCCAACAACAACAACCAGCAACCCCUGAAGAAACCCAAAACUGCAGACGUGACUCUGAGUGCUCUGAAUGACUCGGACGUGAACAGCGACCUGGUCGACAUGGAGGGACUCGGAGACGGGUCCAAGUCCAAAAAACUUAACUUUGAUCAAGAUAACCUGAACCUGGACUCCUCACUCAUCAUGAACCCUGGUGACCUCCCACUGCUCUCACACUGACCUUUCACCUCCUGUGCUCAACCCUUUCAAAAUAAGAGUCUCUAGAUGUGAUGAACUGUCGAAUCCACGGAGACUCAUCAGCCCUGUUUUAUUUUGACUUUUAUUUUGAAGGAAAUAAUCAUAAAUAAAAACAGACUGAACGAUGGGAGACUCGAUGCAGCAGAGGAACUCCACAAGAUGAAAAACUCUUCAAACCUUCGAGGACGAGGAUUAAAAAUCAGAAACAUGAAACGUCUGUCAUGUUGUGUUCAGUCUUAUUUUUGUAGGCGUUAAUAGGAAAUAAAAGGAUUAACGAGUGUA